AUGAUAGCUCUACUUUUUCCUUCCAGCUCUCCUGCAAAAGAGAAACUUUUGGGACCUGUGGACCUGGCCACCUCCCCCCCGACCCUCUUCCCACGUGUCAAGUUCCCAGAGCAGAACAGGAGCCCCGAGAUUCCACCAAAGCCCCCCCUCCUUUUGAACCCAGACUUUGAUGAUUCAGAUUAUGAGGACCCACCAUUUGAGGAGGAAGGGGAAACCUUUACGGAAGAGAUGACUGACAAGGAGGCCCCUCCGGAGAGGCGGCAUUCGGCCCGCGUCAACAGCCUGUUCAGUGAAGACGAGCUGAUUGAAGAUUAUUUCAAAGAGGAAUCGGUCGCUAACAGCCACUGGGAUGACGGGCUGAGCCCCUCCCCUGCGCCCAGCGCUCUGCCCUUCGGCGUGUUGUCGGGCAUCCAUGGUGACGGCGGCGUUGGCAUGCAGAGCGCAAGGCCCUCCUCUCCGCUCUCGGCCGGGGUGGUCAAAGCCGGCUGGCUGGACAAAAACCCCCCACAAGGGUCGUACAUCUACCAGAGGCGCUGGGUGAAGUUGGACAGUGACUACCUUCGCUACUUCGACAGUGACAAGGAUGUCUACUCCAAACGCUUCAUCCUGGUGGCCUCCAUCUCCCAGGUGUCCGGCAUCGGUGACCAGAAGUUUGAAGUUAUCACUCACAACCGGACAUUCGCUUUCCGGGCAGAGAGCGAUGCUGAACGCAACGAGUGGAUCAAAGCCGUGCAGAAGAUGGUGGACGAAAAGAAGUCCAGGUGCCUUCACAGAACUUCCCGUCUGCAACCGGCCAGCAGCAGCGUUGACUCCGUGGACAAGAACGGACCCCUGGAGUUGAGGGGCUUCAAAAACAAGCUCUACGUGGCCGUGGCUGGGGAGAAGGUCUUCCUCUACAAGAAUGCCGAGGAGUUCCGGCUGGGGAUUGGCAUCACCUACAUUGACAUGAAUGUGGGCAACGUGAAAGACGUGGACCGAAGAUGCUUUGACUUGACCACACCUUACCGGAUCUUCAGGUAGGGAUCUCAGACAGA